AUGGCACGUCUCGACACGACCCACGAGGUGGAGGUGGACCUCGAGGCCGGACGACAAGACUCUCCGGCGCCGGCGUCAUCACCUUGCACAUCCACAUCGGCGAACAACAAGCCCUCACAGAAGAACAAAAAGCAGAAGCGGCGGACGCGCGUCGUUGGCUGCUGCUGCCGCGUCGCCUGCGCCGCCCUCCUCGCCGCGGCGCUCGUCGCCGCGCUGCUCGGCGUGCUGUACCUGGCGCUGGACCCGAAGCUGCCCCGGUACUCGGUGCACGCGCUGAACGUGACGGCGUUCGGCAUGGACGACGACAUGACGGCGCGCGCCACGUUCGACGCGUCGGUGCGGUUCGAGAACCCCAACCGCGCCAUCGGCAUCCGCUACGAGGAAGGCUCCGACCUGUCCAUCUGGUUCCGGGGAUACCGCCUCUCCCGGGGCGCGCUCCCGGCGUUCUACCAGGGCCCACACGGCGACGCGGCGCUCGUGCGCGUCGCCAUGAGCGAGGCGCGCCUGCAGGGCACGGGCGUCGUGGAGGUGAUGCGCCACGUCAACGAGGCCGGCGGGGAGCUGCCGCUCGUGUUCCGCGGCGAGGUGCCCGUCCGGGUCAAGGUCGGGCCAUUCACCACGGCCAAGCUCACGCCCAGCGUCCGCUGCGACCUCGUGCUCAACAGGCUCGCCACCGAGGGCAGCCUCGGGGUCAAGAGCAUGGACUGCAAGUUAAGCAUCAAGCUCUGGUGA